CAAUGAGAGGAGCCCGCAGGCCUCGACUUGGCGUUUGGCUUAUAAAAGAGGCGGAGGUAGACCUGCUUGUCAGUCGGUUUGUUGUUGUUCCGUCUGGUAGAAAGGAGAAGGGAUUGUGCAAGUGUGCGAUUUAAAAACCAGGAAACGAGACAGAGAGAGGUUGAAUCUGAUGGAGCUUCAGCAGCCGUAACUGACGGGUUAGAAGAAGACUUUUUUUUUUUUGCCAAACUGAGGUCCGUUGAGGGUGAAAACAGAGCCGUGCCAAACCUUCUCUGAGCAGUGGAGAGGUCAUCCUUGGACACUGCAAUGAGAGAAGAGGUGUCCUGCACCAACUCCCCUGAAGGAGGGCUGGGGGCCAGCGAGGAGGAGCUGGAGAGAGCGUCCAAAAAGACCCUCCAAGCGGGAAAUCGAAAACGCUCGCCUUAUCCAAAGAAGGACGGCCUGAGUCAGACGGAGGAGAGCAGCACCGGCAGCCUGCUGCCGACCGGGCCGAAGCGAAUCAAGAAGAGUCCCUCCGCCAUCGUGACGCUGGCUCCCUCGUCCCUGGGGCCCAGGCCGGAGGCUCCCUUCGAGGAGCUCCACUCCCAGCGCGUCAUCGCCAAUGUCCGGGAGCGCCAGCGCACGCAGUCCCUGAACGACGCCUUCGCCUCGCUACGCAAGAUCAUCCCCACGUUACCCUCCGACAAGCUGAGCAAGAUCCAGAUCCUGAAGCUGGCCUCACGCUACAUCGACUUCCUGUACCAGGUGCUGCAGAGCGACGAGAUGGACGCCAAGCUGGCCAGCUGCAACUACCUGGCCCACGAGAGACUCAGCUACGCCUUCUCCGUCUGGAGGAUGGAGGGCGCCUGGGCCAUGUCCACCAGCCACUAGGACCCCAACAAACCUCUGUCACACACCCUCCUGUGUCCACACCUGCACCCUCUCAACCUCUGUCUGCGUUUGAACCCACUUCCUGACCUCUGACCUGCCAUACUGUCCCUCAUUGGUCUGAUCACAACCUUUUCAUCUAAAACCUUUGCUUAAACUUCUGAUCCCGCAGAACCCUCUGUGCUGCAUGACGGCUCACUGCCUUUUUUAUAUUUUUACAGCUGCAUUUAAAUCUUUGCUAACCUCCACACCUGUCCACCUCCCCCCACACACAAACACACACACACACAAACACUCACACACACACACACACAAACAAUGUUUCCACUUCUCUUCCUUGACUGCCCCAAAGUAUUGUCCGGAGCAGCAACUUCAAUGCAGCUCCACAGGUAAGGCCAAAACACACACACACACACACACACACACACAC